UUGCGUCACAGUGUCUGCUGGUGGGUGUGUGCCUUGGAUCUGAUCUGAAUGGUUAAGGACCGGCAGCACAAGCAUCUUUUGUGUGCAGACGUUUGUAGUGGGGUGAGUAACAGCGUGACACGGGUGAUUAGCAAUACAAAGCUCCGGUACUGCGCCAUGACCUGCACUAGGGAAACAUCAACCCUUUCCUGUGCAACUUCAACCUCUUCUUCUGCUCAGGGACCUCACCAACCGCAGAUCUGGAACCAAAAAUGAACUGGGCGUCUUUUUAUGCCGUGAUCAGCGGCGUGAACCGGCAUUCCACAGGCAUUGGGCGGAUUUGGCUGUCUGUCUUCUUCAUUUUCCGGAUCCUGGUUCUGGUGGUGGCGGCGGAGAGCGUGUGGGGCGAUGAGAAAGCGCAUUUCACCUGCAACACCCAGCAGCCCGGCUGCAACAGCGUAUGCUACGACCACUUCUUCCCCAUCUCUCACAUCCGACUGUGGGCGCUGCAGCUCAUCAUGGUCUCUACCCCCGCCCUGCUGGUUGUCAUGCACAUUGCACAUCGUCGGCAUAUCGACAAAAAGUUGUAUCGCCAAGCUGGCCGCACCAGUCCAAAGGACUUAGAGCAGAUAAAAAAUCAAAAGAUGAAGAUUACUGGCGCCCUUUGGUGGACAUACAUGAUCAGCCUGCUGUUCCGUGUGUUAUUCGAAUCCGCCUUUAUGUAUCUGUUCUACAUGAUUUACCCAGGAUACAAGAUGUUCCGGCUGGUAAAGUGUGACUCGUACCCGUGCCCAAACAUAGUCGAUUGCUUUGUGUCCCGACCAACAGAGAAAACAGUGUUCACUAUAUUCAUGCUUGCGGUGUCCGGCGUCUGCAUCCUGCUCAACAUCGCAGAAAUUGUCUUUCUUGUUGCUAGGGCAACAAGUCGCCAUCUCAAUAACUCCAAGGAUUCCCCAGUGGGAGCCUGGAUCUCUCAUAAACUGUGCUCCUUUUAGAAGUGCUCGCCCUGUCACUCUCUGAAACUUAAAUCGGGCACUCACUCAAACACUUCAUUCACUCAAACACUUAAUGUUAAUGAGGGCUAAUGUCAUUGAUGAUGUUUUUAAAUUUUAUUUAACUCAGAAUACUU